CUUAUUUACAACUUUAUUAUAGCUAAAAUAUGAGAUAAUAAACGUAAAAUUCUAAGUAAUUGGAGUGAAGUCGGGACAAGCUACGGUGCUAAUCCUAUAGGGGGUUAGCACCGUCCUAAUAGUCGUGGUAGUGUUUUUACAUGGAAGUUUUUGGUAGUCUUUUUUUUAUUGAUCGCUUGUGUUGUUAAUAUGUAGGGUAUGUAGUAGUUUGAUGUGCAGUCAUGGUAGUGUUUCUGGUCAUAGUUGUCUUGGGACUAUGUAGUUUCGUCAAUAUUGAGAUGGAAUAUAUUGGUAGUAGUGGUUUUUAAUAAUACGUGUGUAGUGUUUAUAAAUACAUGUGUAGCGUUUUUGGGGUUAGCAGGUGCUAACGGGGUAUGGGGUUAGCAUCCCAUCCCACCCCGAGUGAAGUUAUAUAUAAUUUAGACAAAAACAAGUCGAGAAUUGGCCUGGUCAAGUCGAGAAGAGUAUUCAUGUCCGUCCAGGCGAGUCAGACCUGCCUCAAAACAUGUCAAACUAGUCGUGUAAAUCGGGUCAGGUCAAAUUUGUCAUCUCUACCUAAAGUGUUAAGAACUUGUUUGUUUUCUCCCGCAAAAAAAACCUUGAUAAGACUGUAACCUGUUUCAGUUAAAAGCGAAAAACCCAAAACCGAACCGCUCCCCUGUUUUCACAUAUAGAUGUCCUAGUCCCGAAUUGCAGAGCUGACUUGCUUCAGUAGUUUUGGUAAAGUAUGUCAAUUUGCUUUACAAUGUGGCUGAGGCUGAAGUAUUAGAUGUCUUUGAGAUAUGUAGUGUAGUAGCCCCCUCCAAAGGCCAAAAAAGGAUAAUGAGAAGAUCUUGGGUGCUGAUUCCCACUUCCUCCUUGCCCUCAACUUUUACAUCAAUUUGGUGCAACUUAUUCUUUUCUAUGCAUCCCAUCAAGUUGAAUCCUCACAAAUUGCAAUUAGUUCUCUUGUUUUUUUUUUUAUAACUUUUAUAUAACUGAUUCGUACCAAUAUAUUCCAAGUCGUGUACAUAGCACCACCUAUGUAAAUAAAAUUAUAGAAUAUUUAUUAUUGGCAUCCUCUCAAAAUUUCGAGUUAUACGAAUGAGGGCUGACCUAGUUUGUGAAUCGUUUCAAGAGUGUCGAGAGCUCUUGAGUUUGGAUUCCUGGUGACAACUUUGACCCUCGUAGGGUGGAUAAUAAAUGGUUGUUCAACCCAAAGAUUGUAAAACCGUAUCGAAAGUGUCAGUGGUAGAGUAUCUUAUGUUGAAAUCGGGGUUCAACAAUUUCAUACAGCUAAAUACCGUCUAUCGAUUUAACUUCUGAUAUGAAUUUUUCCUGAUCGAACCGUCGAUACGAUAUGGUUUUUCACGCUUUGGUUGAAACUAGAAAGGAUGAAAGAAAGUGAAUGAAGGCAAGUGGUUUGCCGUUUUUGACUUUUUGUGAUGAUAAAUCGAACAUGAAUCCAAAUCAAAAUUUGAUUCUAGAAAAGGACACAACAUGAACAUAGUUGGCCUUCUUUGUAUUCUUCUUCGCUUUCCCUCAUGCAGCUUCACAAAUUUCUGCCACGAAAAAGCAAAGGUUCAUCAGUAAUUCAAGUACUUAUAUGUGGCCCAGAUGACUUCUCUGCUCCCCCCAACUUGGUCUCAUUAAUUCACUCUUUUUCUUUCUUCUCAUUUUCAAUUUUUGUUUCUUCUUCCUUUUCCCCAUCUUCUCUGCCUUCUUCCUUUGCCAUAUUCGAACACAACAAAAGCCACCAACUGGCUUCUCACCAGCAAACCUCACCUCCAAAAAGUGUAAGCAGGCAAGCUCCUCCUCUCACUGCAGCUCCACCCACCACCGCACGGUUUCUUCCUUAUAAAAAUGCACCUUAAAGUUUCGACCUUUUUGCCUGUAUUCACUUCUUGAUUCUGUUUCUCAAUCUCCGUCUCUCCUUCCCCUGUUCCUGACGACAACCCAAUUUAGCUCCUGACUGGAAAAUAUUCUGAAACUUUGGCUUCUGGGUUUCAACGGAUUUCUGCAGGUGAUUUUUGGGUGACAUCAUGUAAGCCCUGUUUCAAUUUCUCCGCCGCCGCCGCCGCCAUCGACGACGACCAAGGAGCUGACUUCUGAAUUGCGGACUGAAACAAGAACGUACGGCUCAUUUGUUGUCUGGCUCGAAUUGGGUAUGGAUUUCCGCGGCUUGUUCUAGAUUGCAGCUCGUGAAAGAUUCAAUCUUUGGCCAUUGUCUGGCACUUUCGGGGCUUGAAAAGCUUUCUGCGUAACAAGUGUUUGUGUUUUUGUUGUAGUAAGGGAAAAUUUUGGCUUAUAUUGUGUGAGGGGAAUAGAAAAAUGGCAAGGGUUUGCUGGCCGUACUUUGACCCUGAAUAUGAGAACAUGAGCAAUAGAAUCAACCCUCCAAGGGUCUCUGUGGAUAACGUUACUUGUCAGAAUAGUACUCUCAUAAAGGUGGACAGCAUGAACAAGCCAGGAAUUCUACUGGAAGUAGUCCAAAUACUGACAGAUCUUGACUUCAUUAUCACCAAAGCUUACAUCUCUUCAGAUGGAGGAUGGUUCAUGGAUGUAUUUCAUGUCACUGAUCAACAAGGAAACAAGAUUACCGAUACCAGGACCAUCGAUUACAUAGAAAAGGUUCUAGGACCAAAGGGAGGUGCCAAAGAACAAGUGACACCAUGGCCAGGGAAACGAGUUGGUGUCCACUCAAUUGGCGACCACACUGCCAUUGAACUCAUUGGCAGAGAUCGCCCAGGCCUUUUAUCUGAAAUCUCGGCCAUCCUUGCCAACCUUCACUUCAAUGUUGCAGCUGCAGAAGUCUGGACACACAACAGGAGGAUAGCAUGUGUGCUCUAUGUCAAUGAUGACACCACGUCCCGUGCUGUGGAUGACCCCACCAGAUUAUCCGUCAUGGAAGAGCAGCUCAAAAACAUCUUACGUGGAUGUGAGGAGGAUGACGAUGGAGGAGUUGGACGCACCAGCUUCUCCAUGGGAUUCACACACACAGAUCGUAGGCUGCACCAGAUGUUGUUUGCUGAUAGGGAUUAUGAAGGUAGCGAGAAGGCAGAUUGUGCUCCUGCUCCCACUCUCAAGCCGCAGAUCACCAUCGAGAGUUGUCAGGAGAAGGGUUACUCGGUUGUCAGCGUUUGCUGCAAGGAUCGUGCCAAGUUGUUGUUUGAUAUUGUGUGCACUCUUACUGAUAUGCAGUAUGUUGUUUUCCAUGCAACAAUCUCGUCUGACGGCCCCAAUGCUUCACAGGAGUAUUAUAUCCGCCACAUGGAUGGUUGCAUACUCGACACAGAAGGAGAGAAGGAGCGCGUCAUCAAAUGUCUCGAAGCAGCUAUUCGAAGAAGAAUAUCCGAGGGUGUGAGCCUGGAGCUGUGUGCUAAAGACAGAGUGGGGCUGUUAUCGGAAGUCACGAGGGUGCUACGAGAGAACGGACUAUCAGUGACACGAGCUGGGGUGUCGACGAUAGGAGAGCAGGCUAUGAAUGUUUUCUAUGUCAGAGAUGCUUCCGGUAACCCGGUUGACACGAAGACGGUGGAAGCUCUGAGAAAGGAAAUCGGGCACAGGAUGCUGCUUAAUGUGAAGAAAACUCCUGGUGCUGGCAGCGGCGGCGGUGGUGGUUCUGGUGGUGGUGCAAAGGAUCAGCAAGCGAACAAAGGAUGGGCUAAAACGAGCUUCUUCUUUGGUAACUUGUUUGACAAGUUCCUAGCUUGAGAAUUGGGGAAAUGUUAAUAAGAUCCGUGUAACCCAAGAAAAGAAGUGAAGGAGGAGAGAUGGGUUAGGGGAUGAAGUGUGUACAGGACAAUAAACCUCUGUUCAAAAUUGAGAGGGGACUGGCAGGGCUGUGGAAUUGCAACUGUGUAAAAAAAACAAACUUGAUUGGGCUUCCAAGAAUGAAUCAACUUUGUGGGCUUUGGACUUACGACUACAUGGACUCGAAUUAUGGUAAUGGGCCGUUGGGGGAUGCUGAGUAGAAGAAACUAGCCCAACUCUGUCUUCAUUACUUCCUUGACUUGAUGAACUCGACAGUAUGUUUAUCGAAGAAGAUGAAGUGAGAUCAGAGUGGAAUGUUGGUUCUUCUGUCGAAAGUCUUCUUGUCCCCAGUAAUUAAAGGAUGAGAGUGUGAUUAGUAGUUGCUAACUCUAAUUAGAGUUAGGUCCAGCAGGCAGCAGCUGCGUACUGCUAGAAAGAUGCUGCUUGGGGCACGUGCGAUUUUCCGUGACAAGAUACGACAGAAGAGAAUUAGGGAUUGGGAGGAUAGAGUUAGGGAUUGAGAGAAGAACGAAAUUGGGGAUUUCGGAUUUAGAAGAAGAAGUUGGCCAUAAAAGGGGAAUGAACCACCGCCAUAGCCUUUUGGCAUAAGAGAUACGAGAUUCAGAUGAUUGAGAGAAUAUGGUUUGUGAGAUCAGACAUAACUGUAUUGUAAGCCUCACGAACAUUUUCAAUUUUUCUAUUGAGUAUGUUGUUAUAUUGUUUAUAGUACUUUAAGGUGUAGAGUUUGAUAAAUAUAUGUUGUAUCUCACAGAAACAAAUAUUGGCUAAAGGUCAUUGUUAUGUUUUUGCUACGCUUUACCAGACAACCUUUUUUUUUUGUUAUGCCAGUUUUCUUUUCAACCAUAGAUAAUUAAUUGAUUGCAUAAUUAAAUAGACUGGUCAUGAAUGAUUAUUCACUAUAAUCAUUAAAAAUACAAUAUUAGAUCAUUGAUUAAAAGUUAUUAUGAUUUCAAAUAGCAAAAAAAAAAAAAAAAAAAUUGACAUUACCUUAAUGUCAUACAAAAUUAAUUUUGGCUGCUCACUCCAAAUGGCAAAUGCAGAAAAUCCAAAGGGCAGAAAACAUUUACGUCCAUGUCACUCCCAGCUGAGUAAUUCAUCGUCAUGCUCAAAACACAUGGAUAAAUACAUAUAUCAUGUUUGCACUCCCAUGAUGAGCUGGACUCAACCUUAAUUAAUUUCCCUGCCGGAAUAUAACAGAUUUUCAGGUCUAGGAAGAAAAAUUAAGAUUACUUCCUUGUUAAACAUGUGAAAUUGUACAUUUCAAUAAUAAUAAUAAUGAUAAUAAUAAUAAUAGAUACCAAAUUUGGUUACGAUGCACACGUAUCUAAUACUUUGAUGUUAUCAUGUGCGUAUAUUCCAUAAAAAUAAGGUCCAUAUACGAAACUAGAUAGACUUUUGUAGGUCUGAUUAAAAAAUUGAACAAAGUAAUGGACGGUGGUCAACUAAACGUUGAACCAAUGAUAAAAGAGUUUGUUUUUGUCAUGAUAAGGACAACUCUAUCAUACCUAUGUAGAGCAAAGUGAAACAAAACACGCUGAAACGAAAAAAAACCCGCAAUCAUAUGAUUAAUUUGGCCUUAUGGUAUGCUACCAUACCUGUAGAAUGCAAGCAAAAACACUAUGCAAGAAAAAAGGGCCUAACGUACUCAGCCCAGCUAACGUCCCGGAAAUGCAUAUAUUAUUAUUUAUUUAAUAUUAAUUGUCAACUUUUCUCUUAAAAAAUUAGAUUAAAUACUGGGUACUUAAGGUUGUCCUUUAAUUUGUCAUUCGCACGCAGAAGCAAUCAUGUACACUUAAUUUUCUAUGAUUAUCGUUGACGCCGACGGUUAUUUGGAUUGUGCAACUAUAAAGAGAAGCAACUUGUUUGUAACAUAUUACCAAAUAAUUCCAAAAAAAAAAAAAAAAGGUUUCAGCACAGGAAGAAAAUUCGAUACUUCCAUCUUCUUAAUCCUUGCCAAAUGGAAAAUCUUGAUUGUUUUUUUAGAUUGAUUUUUAGGAUAUUGUCUGGUCAAUUUCAUGCAAUAAGUUUAUCAUAUAAAUGUUUAUCAUAAUUGUAUAAUUCAAAGCAUUAAGUAUUUGAUUGUCGCUAAUAAGCAUUAACCGAGUAUUAUUUUUUAUAAAUGAAUGCAUUUAGAACAGUUAGCUUUCAUUCACAACCAAACGAGUCUCAGAGAGACCUUGACAGUCAUAGAAAAGGACAUACUGAAAAGCAAGAAUCGAAAAAAUGUUUAACUUUUGUUCAUUGAUACUAAUAAUCUAUAUCAGCAUCAUAAAAAAUGUUUGGACAUGAAUGUGUGGGUUUAAGUGAAUUGAACUUGAGUUUUGGGUAAUAAGUGUAAUAGGUAGAAGAGAGGAGUUCAAGGUCUUUAGUAAGAGUUCACGGUCGUGAUGUUCAGUCCUGGAUCUGGAGUUCAUGCAAGAGUACUUCACAACUAGGGUUUUUAUUCCCAUGCCGUGAAUCCUGGCAACGAGAGGAGCCGAAAGAAGCGGAAGCUCUCACGGUCAAACUCACUGCACUUGAAAGAGACCGCAACCUAUGAGUCCAUGAUUGAGAGAGAGAGAGAGAACAAUCGCGAACCCCAUGUCGUGAUCUCCUAAGAAGUUUAUGGCAGAAUAGUGUCACCUCAAAGAACACGAGACCUACACCAAGUUCGUGGCCGUGAACUUUAGCCAAUCUCAACAGUGAACUAGUAUGAGAUCAUCACCCUAUAAAUAGAGAUUGCAUUUCAAGGGCAAAUCCAGACCACAUUUUCAAACAAAAAACACAUAGAGAGAGGAGUUCAGGGUUUCUAUUUGAAUAAUAGGAGAGUCUGGAGUUUGGAGCUGAUUUUUCAAGGAUCAAGAGCUUCCAAAUGUUGAUUUAUUUUCUAGUUUUAUGUGUUCUCCUUACCCUAUUCAUGGGAUGAGAUCAUAGGUAUUUGGGGUAAGAAAACAUAACCUAGCUAAGGGUUUGUAUAUGUAAUUGAUGAUUUGGUUAUGAUUAUAGUAUACUAGAUAAUUGGCCCGCGCGUUGCGGCGGGAUUCUAUAUAAUAUUUUUUUUCUUGAUUUCUUGGAUCAUUUGUGAUAUAUAAUUUUUUAAAUGAACCUUUACAUUUGUGAUUUGCCACAUAAAUAAUUCAAACACUAAAUCAGUUAGGAGAAAGAUUAUGAGAUUAAUUGGUUGGAUGUAUUAUAGAGGCGAAAUUUGGAAAAUAAAAUGUUGAAUUAUUCAAUUAAUCGCAUAAUUUUUUGUUAAUAACUUUAAUAUGUUUGA